GCCCAGCCCGCCGGGGUGCAGCGCUCGCCCCUCCGGCGGCGGCGUCCGGUGCGCAACCCGCUCCGUACCGCACCGCUCCGCCCCGCCUCGAUCUGAGAGGUUUGGAUUCAUAAUCAGAGAAGAUUGUGUCUCACAUGUUUCUCUGAGAGAUGGUUAAGUGUUUACAGAUCAUACACUGCAAGAGCAAAAAGCUAGCCUUUGGCAGGAGCUGCAUGUUGAAAACAAAAUUAAAUCUCUGACAAUGAAGCCUUUUACUUCAUAUCCUUCUGGGUUUCUCGUAUUCCUAUUUGCCUUGCUGCAGAGGAGCCACGGACAAUGCAAAGAAGCAGCUAAAAAAUCAGACAUGAAUUUGAGUGUAAAAUACGAUCUUCCUAACUUUGUUGCAGAAACACCGAUUCAGAAUGUAGUUCUAUACAAGCAUCAUGUUUAUAUUGGAGCAGUCAACAAGAUUUAUGUACUAAAUGAAACUCUACAGAACAUUUCUGUGUACAAGACUGGUCCCAUUUUGGAGAACCCAGACUGUGCUCCAUGCGAAGACUGCAAAGAUAAAGCCAAUUUAUCUAACAGUGUAUGGAAGGAUAAUGUCAACAUGGCACUGCUCGUGGAAACUUAUUAUGAUGAUCAGCUUAUCAGCUGUGGUAGUGUGUCCAGAGGCGUCUGCCACCGUCACAUCAUUCACCCUGACAACCCUGCUGACAUUGAAAGCGAGGUGCACUGUAUGUAUUCACCCCGGGUGGACGGAGAAGCAGAUAAUUGUCCCGACUGUGUUGUAAGCACUUUAGGAACCAAAGUUUUGGUGACUGAGAAGGACAGAUUUGUCAACUUCUUUGUUGGAAAUACUGUGGCAUCUACAUUUCAAGCUCCCCAUGUGCUGCAUUCAAUAUCGGUUAGAAGGUUAAAAGAAACACAGGAUGGUUUUGAGUUUCUCACAGAUCAAUCCUAUAUAGAUAUCCUCCCUCAGUUCCGUGACUCGUAUCCCAUUAGGUAUGUCCAUGCCUUUGAAAAUGAUCACUUUAUCUAUUUUCUGACUGUCCAGAGGGAAUCUCUCGACUCCCAAGCUUUUCACACUAGAAUUAUCCGCUUCUGCACUUUAGACUCAGAGAUGCGUUCUUACAUGGAAAUGCCUCUUGAGUGUAUUUUUACCGAAAAGCGGAGAAGGAGGUCCAUCCGAAAGGAGGUAUUCAACAUUUUGCAAGCUGCCUACGUAAGCAAGCCAGGUGCGGCUCUAGCCCACGAAAUGGGCCUUGGCUUGAACGACGAUAUUCUCUACGGUGUUUUUGCACAAAGCAAACCAGACUCUUCUGAACCAACCAACAGAUCUGCGGUUUGCGCUGUCUCUGUGCGAACCAUCAAUGAGUUCUUCAACAAGAUUGUCGACAAGCAGAACAUGAAAUGUCUGCAGCACUUUUAUGGGAAAGAGAGCAAGUACUGCUUGAACAGGGCUUUUUCAAGAAAUGCUUCAUACUGCAGAGCACAAGAUGAUGAAUAUCGCUUAGAAGUUACGACUCCUUUGCAGAGGGUUGACUUGUUCAUGGGCCAGUUCAACAGUGUCCUGUUAACUUCGAUAUCUGUCUUCACCAAAGGCAACCUUACCGUUGCUAAUCUGGGGACUUCGGAGGGCCGCUUCAUGCAGAUAGUGGUUUCCCGUUCAGAACCCACUGCUCCACAUGUCAACUUUCAGCUAGACUCUUACCCUGUCUCUCCCCAAGUUGUUGUCGAGAAUUCAGUAGCAGAUGAUGGCUAUACCCUAGUUGUGACUGGGAAAAAGGUAACGAAGAUCCCACUGAUGGGACCAGGCUGCCAGCACUUCAGGUCCUGCAGCCAGUGCCUGCAGGCACCUCCCUUCAUGCAGUGUGGCUGGUGCAGCCAGCAGUGCCUCAGGUCUCUCGAGUGCUCCGCCAGCACCUGGACACAGGAGACCUGCUUGCCUAAUGUUUAUGAGAUUCUCCCGAGCAGCGCUCCCUUAGAAGGCGGGACAAAACUGACACUGUGUGGAUGGGACUUUGGAUUCAGCAAAAGUAGUAGAUUUGAUUUGAAAAAUACAGUAGUCCAUAUCGGAGGUCAAAUUUGUGCCCUGGAAGCAAAAUCUAGCAACAAAAACAAGCUGGAAUGCAUAGUUCCUGCUGCAAAAAAUCCAAGUUUUAAUAUAUCCAGUAGUGUUUCUGUUGGACUUGGCAAAACACUAUUCACUACAUUUUCGUAUGUGAAUCCUGUAAUAACAAGUAUCUCUCCCACCUACGGCCCCAAAUCUGGAGGAACAUUGCUAACUGUAGCUGGAAAAUACCUAAACAGUGGGAAAUCCAGAAGAAUUUUUGUUGGUGAGAAACCAUGCACCUUGAAAAGCCUCUCCGUGAGCACUGUGGAGUGCUACACGCCGGCGCAGCAGAUCCCCCAGGAGUACCGUGUGAGGGUGGGGAUUGACGAGGCCACGCGAGACGCGAGCAGUCAUUUCACAUACAGAGAAGACCCCGUUGUUUUAAAAAUUCAUCCGGCCAAAUCUUUUCUUAGUGGUGGAAGUACUAUCACAGCUCAGGGGAUCAACUUGAACUCCGUGUGCUUUCCUCAGAUGGUGAUUACUGUACCUAAACUGGGAAUGAACUUCUCUGUGGCGUGUAGCCACCGCUCUAGCUCAGAGAUUAUCUGCUGUGCAACUCCUUCACUGAAAGACUUCAAUCUCCAACCACCCUUUGUAACUAAAGUGUUCUUUAUUUUUGAUGGCGUCAGUUCCUUGUACUUUGAUUUUGAUUAUGUAAAUAACCCUGUAUUUAGGCAUUUUGAAAAGCCAGUCUUCAUCUCAAGAGGCAACCAAAAUGUUCUGGAAAUUAAGGGAAAUUAUAUUGAUUCAGAAGCUGUUAAAGGAGAGGUGCUAAAAGUUGGAAAUAAAAGCUGCGAAAACCUCCUCUUGCAGUCAGAAUCUAUUUUGUGUACAGUUCCCAGCGAUCUCCUGAAAUCCAACAGCGAGCUAAAUAUAGAGUGGAAGCAAGAAGUUUUGUCAACAGUCAUUGGAAAAGUGCUGAUUCGGCAAGACCAGAAUUUCACGGGACUAAUUGCUGGAGUUGUUUCAACAUCAGUUUUACUUUUUAUCUUUUUGGUGUUUUUCCUCUGGAGAAGGAAGAAGAAACAAAUUAAAGAUCUGGGAAGUGAGCUGGUGCGCUAUGAUGGCAGAGUGCACACUCCUCACCUGGACAGGCUGGUGAGUGCCAGGAGUGUGAGUCCAACAACAGAAAUGGUUUCAAGUGAAUCUGUAGACUACAGAUCAACUUUCCUAGAAGAUCAGUUUCCAAGCAUGUCUCAGAAUGGAUCGUGCAGACCUGCCCAGUAUCCUCAUUCUGACCUCUCCCCAAUUCUGUCCAGCGGAGACUCAGAUUUAGCCAGUCCACUUCUCCAAACUAACGUCCACAUUGACAUCAGUGCCCUAAAUCCCGACCUGGUCAAAGAAGUGCAGCAUGUAGUGAUUGGUGCCGACAGCCUGAUUGUGCACUUCAGUGAAGUAAUAGGAAGAGGACAUUUUGGGUGUGUGUACCAUGGGACAUUGCUGGAUAACGAUGGCAGGAAAAUUCAUUGUGCUGUGAAGUCGCUGAAUAGAAUCACAGACCUGGAAGAAGUAGCUCAGUUUCUGAAAGAAGGAAUAAUCAUGAAAGAUUUCACUCAUCCUAAUGUUCUGUCGCUCCUGGGCAUCUGUUUGCCCAGUGAAGGAUCCCCCUUGGUCGUUCUUCCAUACAUGAAACACGGAGAUCUUCGGAACUUCAUUCGAAAUGAGACUCACAAUCCAACAGUAAAAGAUUUAAUUGGAUUUGGCCUUCAAGUUGCAAAAGGGAUGAAAUACCUUGCAAGCAAAAAGUUUGUCCAUAGAGACUUGGCAGCAAGAAACUGUAUGUUGGAUGAAAAAUUCACUGUCAAGGUUGCUGAUUUUGGCCUUGCUAGAGAUGUCUACGAUAAAGAAUACUACAGUGUGCACAAUAAAACAGGAGCUAAACUACCAGUGAAAUGGAUGGCUUUAGAAAGUUUACAAACUCAGAAGUUCACAACAAAGUCAGAUGUGUGGUCCUUUGGUGUGUUGUUAUGGGAACUUAUGACAAGAGGGGCACCACCAUAUCCUGAUGUCAAUUCUUUUGAUAUAACUGUUUACUUACUACAAGGAAGAAGGCUGCUGCAACCUGAAUACUGCCCUGACCCACUGUAUGAAGUCAUGCUGAAGUGCUGGCAUCCAAAACCGGAGAUGCGUCCAGCAUUUUCUGAACUUGUUUCAAAAAUAUCAACAAUCUUCUCCACUUUUAUUGGGGAACACUACGUUCACGUCAAUGCUACUUACGUCAACGUCAAGUGCAUUGCUCCCUAUCCUUCUCUUUUAUCAUCGCAAGACAACACAGACACGGAUGUUGACACAUGACGAGUGUGUCUGAAACAAAGGAAAAUCCAGUCGUAGUUGUAUGAACAAAAAGCAAAACAUUAUGUCCGCUAGUUUUUACUGCCUGGUCUUUAUGAGAACACCCUUGCACAUGUUUAUGUUGUUGCCCAGGUUGCACUAGUACAAGGACGUGAUACCGUAUGUUUUAAGGCUAUGGGAUCCUAUAAACCGCCACGGUGAUUUCCAAGUAUUCGGACAACUGCAUCAAUUUACCAAAUGGAAACGUUGUGUGCUACCAUCCAGAGCUAGUUCCCACUAGCUGUCAUUAAUGUGUGCUCAGACCCAAGAACAAAGAUUCAUCAUUAAUGCCAUGAAGGAGAAAGUAGCAUACCAAUCAGUACGGCUGGAAGGACUAUUACUGUUGCAUGUACUUCAGCAUAAUGAGCAGCGCAGAAAUGGUUUUCACACAAAAGGCUGAGACAAACAAUGAGAGUUAAAAGAGUUUAAAAUGCAAUUUUCCUCCCACACAGUCCAAACUUUGGAUUUUUGCACCGCAUCAACAAGGUUUCUUAGAAGGCAGGCAGACAGGAGAACCAACCCCACUGUCGAUUUCUGUCCAAACAGAAAUCAAUGUCAAAAAAUGGUUUGUAGUGAAAUAAGUAUGUCAGCCUUGCCAGCCCUCUGGUGUAGUCAGACGGUACAUAUAAUGAAGGGGAAAUCAUCUAGCUUAAAGCAUUCCUAGUGUCAACCUUAUUCCAACACUCAGCCACUUCUUUGAGUCAAACAGCCUGUAUCGACAGAUCUCACUGAAAAAUGCAAAGCCUCCGUUUCCCUCAAUAAAGAAUUAACCACUCUCGGAGAAUAAAAACCUUAAUGCACCCAUAUUAAAUGCCAAGCUAAUCCCUGGGAAGCAGUAAUAUGGGUGGCAUUAUUGUAGAGAGGAAGAGGAGGCAGGCAGGCUGGCAGCCUGGUGAGUCACAGCUGAGGCUCUGCCACCUACCCUGGGGUGGAUCUGCUGCCAAAGGUGAGUCAAGAGCAGAGGCGUUGCAGCCAGCCCUGACCUAAAAAGACACUGCCAUAGCAGGAAUGUUGAUAACUUCUUCCUGUCAGCCCUACAGAGCUGAGAAGGGGGAGUAAAAGAAGGCUAAGCUCCCGCUAGCCUCUUCCUGGAUCACACAACCCAGAGAAUUAUGAUACCUACUUUUACUUCUAAAGUACGACCCAAGAAACAAUUUUGAAAGGAGAUAGUAGAGAAAACUUUUAAUUCAUUAGGGAAGAGUACUAUAGCUUUAGGGCAAGCAUCACAUGUCAUUUCUGUUCCUGUGGAAUUCUGUGCAUACUACUGUAUAGCUUGUUUAGUAUAGGAUAGAACUGGGUUUGUUGGUGGAAACACAUAAAGUAUUCUAUUUUUAUAUUAAAAAAAAAAGUUUAUUUUUAAUGACAUUUACAAAGUUUGGUUAGGCCACAAAAUACUGCACUGUGAACAUUUCAGAAGAUGUAUGUCAACGUACAUGAUUCAUGAGUUGUAGCAACCUUAAGAAAAUACUGUGUAAAUAUUGAAAAGGAAAAGAACUGGCUGUAAACACACUCCACCCGAAGUGUAGUAUCUCCGUUGCUGCAAGCCAACCAUUUUAAGAUCUUCAAAGAGAGGUAGUGCAGAUAAAGAACUGAUAGACAGGAGAUACAUUGUUCUUGGGAGACAGUGUUAUAACUGAAAGAUUUAUAAUGAGGGCAGAGUGUGUAGGCAAACUUAGCGAGCAGAUAAUGUUGUGUUUCAUCACCACUUUCAUUUCAAAAAUGAACUUUCAUGUCUGCUGAGAGCAAUACUAAUUGUAGAGAUUGCUCAAGGACAAAAGGUUUUGCUGCAGGCAAAAAAAAAAUCAUCUCUAUGGUUGUUAAAAGAGCUAAGGAAGUUUAUGACACAUAGAUUUGGAGAAGAUACUCCAAACUUGUACAUACAUGCUUGAGGAGCGCUGCAAUGUGAAACAGAGGACAUUUUUACUAUUUAUGAACUUUUGCUUAAUAAAGUUAAUGUUGUGUCUGGGACACCUGUAAGAAUACGUGAUUCUGGUAAAGAUUUGAUGUUAGUAAGUUCAUAUAUCUGCAGAGCUGAAUGGUACUUAUGUUUAGAGUUGUUGUUAUGACCUAAUAAACGUUAUUAAAAUGAA